AUGCCAAAUGCAAUUGAGCUUUCCGAAGCCGGAGUUAGCUAUGCAAAGGUCAGAAAUAUGACAAGUUUAUUUGAUAUAAAGUUCGAGAAUGGAUUGAUGACAAUCCCUUAUUUUCUAGUCGUAGAUGGUACAGAAACUCUCCUGAGAAAUCUCAUUGCUUAUGAGCAACAAUCACCUGAUGUAUAUCCUACAUAUUUUAGCGAUUAUUUAACUUUCAUGGAUCAUCUUAUCAACUUAGACAAAGAUGUGGGUUUGCUUUGCCAGAAAGGAAUCAUAGAGAAUUGGAUAGGAGAGGACAAAGAAGUUGCUAGCCUCUUCAACAAAAUCGGAAAAGGGGUCACUACGUAUUUCAACUUCUAUUACAAAGAAAAAAUCAAAAAAGCAAUUGAAUAUCGUGAAAAACCANGUUUGCUUUGCCAGAAAGGAAUCAUAGAGAAUUGGAUAGGAGAGGACAAAGAAGUUGCUAGCCUCUUCAACAAAAUUGGAAAAGGGGUCACUACGUAUUUCAACUUCUAUUACAAAGAAGAAAUCAAAAAAGCAAUUGAAUAUCGUGAAAAACCAUGGAAUAGAAUGAAGGCAAAUUUAAUGCGCAAUUAUUUUAGUAGUCCUUGGGUAGGAGCUUCAACUGUGGCAGCCAUUAUACUCCUAAUACUCACAACUAUACAAACUAUUUUAACUUUCACAGGUCCUCUUAAGAAGUAA